AUGCGUCCUUACGUUGCGGCAGCCUUGCUGCUUCAGACGGGUCAGGCACUCUCCAAGUCAACCAACACCACUAUAAUUUAUGGAAGUGAUGAUAUCAUCAAUCUGUCCUCUGAUGGGUCCAAGGCCGACAUCGUAGUCCUUGACUAUGGCCACAGUGUGGAGGGUCAUCCCACGUUCAAAGUAGUUUCGGCUUCAGGUGAUACAUCUGGCUUCGAGCUUACCUUUGCUGAAUCCAAAGCCGCUCUUAACAGAUACACGAGUGAUGGGCCGCUUCACCUUGCUGCGGCCAUGGAAACCUAUCGAGUCAACAAGUACAACAUUUCCGAGCCUGGACUAAUUGCCAAUCGACUUGUUCAGGGCGCCUUUCGCUACGAAAAGUUGAACCUUUCUACUCCUGGAAGUCUUCAACUUGAGCGUGUGGGAGUCAAGCCAACAGUCCAUACAACACGCCUUACGGAACUCCCCGGAUCAUUUGAAUGCUCUGACAAAGACUUGACUCGCAUUUGGUACACAGGUGCCAGGACAGCUCAGCUUACCGAGAUCCCCAAGAACAGUGUUCCAGACUUCUGGCAAGUGACUGAUGAAGGAGCCUUGGUGGAGAAUGCAGCUCCUCAGGCUUUGAGUAACCCUGCUGUCGCUCAGGCUACCAGUUACGAGAUUGAUUUUGAGGUUAAGCCUUUGACUGGCGAGUUUGUAUUUUCUGUUCUUUCGGAUACGCUGAACGAGGCUGUUCUGAUCACCUGCAACGUCGAGACUGGCGUCAUCUCAUCUAGCACCUCCUCUUCUGGCAUUGUUCCCGCGAAGCUUAACAUCGGCGAAUGGAUCUCAGUUCACGCACGUGUUAACAUGACUGACAUCGAGGUGUCUGUUAACAACCAGACGGCUCUCAAGUUCACACAGACAGACAAGUUCUAUGGCUCAUUCGGUCUCGGUGCACCUCUCGGUCACUCCGCUUACUACCGUAACCUUCGCGCCACUACACUCGAAGGCGUCGAGAUCUAUUCUUCCACUCUGAAAGACAGAUCAUUCCUUGAUGAUUUCUUCAUGGGCACCAACCCUCUAGACACCAUCGUCGAUGGCUCACGACGUGAUCGAAUUGCCUACUCUGGUGACCUCGACAUUGCAAUCUCAUCAACCUUUGCCAGUACCUACGGGAAGUCCUUUGUCGAAGGAUCCCUCGAUCUGGUUGGCUCGUAUCAGACAACCGCUGGAUUCUGGAUUCCAAAUGCGAAGAUCCAGCAAGCACCUCUACCGCAACCCCUCGACAUCAACAUUACUGGUCUCAUUGGCUACUCUUUUAAUUUUCUCAAUGGUCUUGCCACCAACUACGAGGUCCUCGGUAACAAGACAUUUGCCAAGGAAUGGGCUCCACGAGCAGUUGCGAUGUUGGAGUGGGCUCACGCUCAGCUGGUAGAUGGUGUUUUCACUAUCGACGAUGCUUCAUUGACCGGAGACUGGAACUACUACGACCCUUCUCAGACAGGCGCCAGUACCAAGUUCAACGCUCUGUAUGCCUACUCUCUCCAGCAAACCGAGAAAUUCCUCAAUGCUGGUGGUGUCAGCACGGGCAAGUAUCAGACUCGCCUCAAGAACCUUCGCAAGGCCAUCCACAAGCAUCUCUGGAAUGAGACAAUGGGUGCUUAUGUUCUCAGUAACGAGAUCAAAACCGGAUUCUCUCAGGAUGCAAACGCUCUGGCUAUCCUGGCUGGUAUCCCCCAGAGCAACGGUAUUUCUACUGAAUCGCUGUUGAAGACCAUGGAAGCCGAGCUUCAGCUCCCAGCGGGACCUCUUGCAUUUAGCAAUGGUACCGUCAAUUCUGGAUUCGCCCAGAAGAUCAGCCCUUUUUCAUCCGCAUACCAUCUUCGAGCAGCCUUUAAGUCUGGUAACCAGUACACUGCUAGACAGCUGCUCAAGACCUUGUGGGCACCUAUGGCGAACCCAUUAAACGCCAAUUACACCAACACCUUCUGGGAGACCCUUGACCCUGAUGGUACACCUGGACUUGGUAUCAUGACGUCUCUUUGUCAUGGAUGGGCAGCUGGACCCACCGCUGAGCUCAGCAAGUGGGUUCUCGGAGUACAAGCCGUUGAGCCAGGAUUCGCCGAGUGGAAAGUUCAGCCCACACUUCUUGGUCUUGAGUGGGCAAAGGGCCGUGUUCCCACCGACAAGGGUACUAUUGAAGUUGAGUGGAAGCUUGUAUCCGAUCUUUUGCAUAUGAAGGUUCAAGCUGGUGGUGACAAGGGAACGCGCGGAACUGUUUAUCUUCCUGAGUUACUUCCUGUGUGUGCCAAGGACAGUGUGUUCAAGGUCAACGGAAAGGUUGUCAAGAAGAACAAGUUCGCUGUUCGUGGUGGUGAACAGAUUGAGGUGGUCCAAAUGAGAAAGUAG